AUAAUGGGGAGAGGAAAGAUAGAAGUGAAGAGAAUUGAGAACAAAACAAGUAGACAAGUUACUUUCUCAAAGAGAAGAGCUGGACUUUUGAAGAAAACACAUGAACUUUCUGUUCUUUGUGAUGCUCAAAUUGGACUCAUCAUUUUCUCAACCAAAGGCAAAUUGUUUGAGUACACCACUCAACCUCACAGCAUGGGUGAAAUCAUUAAUAAGUAUCUCCAAACUACUGGUGCCUCACUCCCAAUUCAUGAUCAUAGGGUGGAACAAUAUGAUGAAAUAACAAAAAUGAAAAGAGAAACAUUGAAUCUUGAAUUAAGUCUUCAAAGAUACAAAGGUGAUGAAUUGAACUCAGCACAAUAUGAUGAAUUAAAUGAACUUGAGAAGCAGCUUGAAAAUUCUAUUAACAAAAUUAGAGCCAGAAAGCUUGAACUCUUGCAACAGCAGAUGGAAAACCUGAAGAGAACAGAGAAAAUGUUGGAGAAAGAAAAUCAUGAUAUGUGUCAGUGGUUGAUGAAGUAUGAAAUGUACAAGCAACAGCCAGUAGCAAUGAUGGAGCAACAAGAAGAAGCAGCAAUUACUGAACUGAAUUUACUUGGAGAACAACCAUUGUUGGCUCAAUUUUCAUUCUUUGGAGAUCAACACCAACUUGGCACUACAAGUAAUUCUUCAGCAUAUCACCUUCAAACUUCUCACCCUUUUACUCCCGCUACCUAUGGUAAGAAUACACGAGAUAUCUCAUCUUAUUUUAGCAUAUGUGAAAUAAUUUAG